AUGAGUGACGAAAUUCGAAUCAAUACAUUUAUUUAUCACUCGGUUUAUUUUAAAGACGGCUCACGCUCCUGUCUUCGCCAUAUCGAAGGCGAUCACUUAAAUGAAGCAGCUGUCAAAAUCCUUCAAAAAUAUCAUUCUACCACGGCUGAAAAUACUGCAAACGGCGAACAAAUCUCUCUCUUAAUCAAAGAACUUCAAUCACAUUUGGAACAGAUAAAACCACAGUCUUUGUUUAAACCACAUACUAUUUUGAAUUUUGAUGACCCCUUUCUCUGUAGUGAUGAAGACUAUCGCUGUUUAACUGGUAUCGAUAGAGAACAAUUUAAUAGUUUAACCAAAAUCGUACGAAUGAGAAACACGGAAAAUCGAUCGAUUCGAAUGGCAAUUGGCUGUCUGCUUACAAAAUUGAGAACCGGACUACGUAAUCAAGUAUUGGCAACACUUUUUGCAUAUAGCGAUAGACGCGUCGUUGGUAAAAUUAAUCAUAGUGCAUACGAUGCCUUGCUACGCGAUUUUGUGCCUCAAUACUUAGGCUUUCAUCAUAUAACGAGAGAAGAAAUUUUGAAAAAACACACUACUCCACUAGCUAGUGCUUUGCUAACCGACGGCGACGGAGUGGUAAUUAUUUUCGAUGCAACGUAUAUUUAUACCAAAAAGCCAGGCAAUAAUAUCUUGCAAAGACGUCUCUUCUCAUUGCACAAAGGUCGUAUUCUUAUUAAACCGAUGAUGAUUGUAGCAUCGGGUGGCUACAUAAUCAGUUCUAUUGGCAGCUAUUUGGCUGAUUAUUAG